CCAAAGUUUUAUAGGCUUCACCGGCUGAGACUGUAUACACAUGUUAAGUUCGUGAGGACACACUUUUCUUGAUAAUCACGAACUCUCUCUCUCUCCAGCCUUUUUCUCUCUCCUCUUCUUCUUUUUCAUCACCAAUGGACGAGAAAAGAUCAUCGAAGAAACGAGAAAAACGCAGAAAACGCAACAAAGCCAAAGCCAUUUGCCGUGAAACUGGAGACCACGUUCAUUACCCUCCGACGCGCCCACCAAAAUCCACGCGUCCUCGUCACGCGCCGUCACCGAUCCUCGAAUCUAUCUUCCAACUUGCUCGCAAGUCACGCUACGGAGAAUGCGUGAAGAAUCAGGCCUCCGGCAUCGGAACCACCGCCUACGACGGCUGCGGCGAGUUCGUUAGCGCCACCGCUGGAGAAGAUUCUAUGAAUUGCGCUGCAUGCGGCUGCCACCGUAGCUUCCACCGGGAAGAAUCACUUUCCGGAGGAAUCCUUGAAGAGCUAAAUCUUACUCCGCAUCAGUUUCGCCAGAUCUUCUGCUCCCCUUACGGCGAGAGAAAGGACGAAGGUAAGAAGCGGAUCGUGAUGGAUCGAUCGGGCGGCGACGAUUUAGUGGAGGAAGGGGAAGGGAGAGUGAAGAGGUUGAAGACGAAGUUCACGGCGGAGCAGACUGAGAAGAUGAGGAACUAUGCGGAGAAGCUGCGGUGGAAAGUGAGCCCUGAGAGUAGAGAGGCAGUUGAGAAAUUCUGCGUUGAGAUUGGAGUUAACCGGAAAAAAAUUAUGGUUUGGAUGAACAAUCACAAGGAUAAAAAUUGAUGAUGACUACUACAUUCCAAUGGUGUUGCUUAUUUUUUCUUUGUUUCAUUUUAUUUUGUAUAUGUGUUUAGGUGUGUGAUGUAUGAACAUGAUGUUUUCAUAUCAUUUUGUUAUAAGAAAACCAGAGAUCUUAGAUUAUCUAUGUAUAUACAUGUUUAGUC